ACGUGAACAAAAAUGUAUUUCAUCCGUAGCACAAAAAAUUAGGGCAAACAGAAUUUCUCUUCAGCAAUUGCAAUCAGAUGACGAGAACUUCUCUGCUGCGUUACUCUUGCAAUGGUAUUUUUCCCUUUAUCUCAUUCUUUACCAAUUCUCCUUCUGCUUCGGCAAUUGCAAUCAGAUAUUAUUCUUCAUCUCAUAGCAAUAUUGAGAAUGUCAAGUGUUUAGAUGAUGCUCUGAGUCUCUUUCGUCGAAUGGUCAGUACGCAGCCUCUUCCUUCUGUUUUUAGCUUCUCCAAAUUAUUAAAGAUUAUGGUAAAUAUGAAGCAUUACUCUGCUGUUGUUUCCCUUUUUCGACAAAUGCAGAAAUCUGAUAUCCCAAUUAGCGAUUACAUCUUGUGUAUCGUGAUUAACAGUUAUUGCCUAAUGCUUCGUACUGAUUGCGGAUUUUCGGUGUUACCCAUUUACUUGAAGAAUGGCAUUCCAUUUAAUGUUGUCACAUUUAGCACCUUACUAAGGGGACUCUUUGCAGAAAAUAAGAUAAAAGAUGCAGUUAACUUGUUCAAAAAGUUGGUGAGAGAGAAUAUUUGUGAGCCGAACGAAUUCAUGUAUUCCAUAGUCAUGAAUGGGCUUAGCAAAAAUGGCCAUACUCAAAAAACUUUUGAUUUGCUAUGGGUAAUGGAACAAGGAAGCACUAAGCCCAAUGAAUACAUCUAUAACAUUGUUAUAGAUGCCCUAUGCAAAGAUAGAAUGUUAGAUGCCGCAGUUAGCCUUUUUGAAGAGAUGAAACAAAAAGGCAUUCCUCUGGACAUUGUCACAUAUAAUUCAUUGAUUGAUGGUCUCUGUAAGUUUGGUAAGUGGGAAAAGGUUAGGCCUUUGUUCUUUGAAAUGGUAAAUCUUAAUAUUUAUCCAAAUGUGCGCACUUUGGCCAUUGUAACAGAUGGAUUAUGCAAAGAAGGGAAAGUUGAAGAUGCUGAGGAGGUAAUGAGACACAUGAUUGAAAAAGGCGUAGAGCCUAAUGUGGUCACCUACAAUGUGAUAAUUGAUGGAUAUUGCUUGCGCGGUCAAAUGGAUAGAGGAAGGAGACUUUUCGAUUCCAUGAUAGAUAAGAGCAUUGAGCCUACCAUUAUUAGCUAUAACAUAUUAAUAAAUGGAUAUUGUAAGAAAAAGAAAUUGGAUGAGGCCAUGCAUUUGUUUCGUGAAAUUUCUCGAAAUGGACCGAAACCUAACAUUGUUACAUACAGUACUAUCUUGCAAGGUCUAUUUGAAGUUGGAAGAACUGACUUUGCCGAAAUAUUCUUUGCUGAGAUGCUAUCUACGGGGCUCAAACCUAAUAUAUUCACCAAUGGCAUUUUAAUUGGUGGUUAUUUUCAGAAUGGGCUUGUUGAGAAAGCUUUGUUGCUUUUUCAUGAGUUGGAAAGAAAGAGAGAAUAUACUGAUAUUGAACUUUACAGUAUUGUAAUUGACGGAUUAUGUAGAAAUGGUAAGCUCGACGAAGCUCGUGCUAUAUUUGAGAAGCUUUCUUUAAUUGGAAUGUCUCCUGAUGUGAUAACUUACAAUAUGAUAAUAAAUGGAUUUUGUCUAGAAGGGUUGUUAGAUGAAGCUAAAGAUAUGCUAAAAAAAAUGGAGGGUAAUGGUUGUUCUCCAGAUAAUGCCACGUACAAUAUUAUUGUUCAAGGAUUUCUCAAGUUUCGCAGAACUAGUGAAAUGACAACUCUUUUGAAGGAAAUGACUGGAAGGGGCUUCUCAUUUGAUGCAGCUACAACAAAGUUACUUAUACACCUUAUGGCCGAGGAUCCUUCUUUGCUUAACAUGAUACCACAGUUUCACUCACUCAACAACAAUAAACCCAGUGAAUUCACACAAGUGGGGAUAAUAUCACACUUUCACUCGGGAAGUAAAAAGUGAAUAUUUAUAUCACUUGGUUUAUUCAGCUAUAUUUAUCACUAUGAUGUAAUUUCCUUUUACCUCUGCAAAGGAAAUCGCAUCUAAUGUAAAUGCAGAAGCUGAAAGAAUCUCAGUUAGAACAUCCAAGUAAGCCUAUUGAGGAGUGGUCUUCAGGUGUUAUCAUUUUCUAUCAUCAAUAACAGCUUCCUGUCUGAUGAGCAGCUUCUUUCUACAUGACAGAGUGAAGCAUGGUGCUGGUAUAUUCUUCUCCAGGAAACAAUACUCUUCUCCGACUUUAGAGCUAAGAACACUUCGACUAGAAUACAAUGCGACUUUAGAGAUAAGAAAACUUUCGACUAGAAUAUAAUGUGACUUUAGAGAUAAAAAAAACUUUGGCUAGAAUACAAGGCUAACAAGUUCCCUAUAUAUCUACUAGUGCAGUUAUUCCUUUUACAGAGGAAAUGAGCAAAGUAGUCAAACUCCAGGAGAAGCUUUUACAGCGGAAGUAUGGGUUUAAUGUUAUGGAUGCCGUGGUGUUAAGACUCCAAUUAUGGAUGUCAGUCGCACAAAACAAAUGACUGUUUUCUGGUCUUCACUGGCACAGAGCAUGAGCAAGCGCCCAAUGAAGGGAAUGCUUACAGGCCGUGUUACCAUUUUAAACUGAGAUGGCCAACCAAGAUUUUAGACUUGUUAUCAAAUUGUUUUGGCUAUUAACGAUUGAGGUUGAAGAUCUUGAGAAGGCUGCAUUAAUGUCAAGAGAGGGUUUGCCGCUUAGAAAGUUUGGGGAAGCUUUCUACUUGAACUGGGCUUUACAUUCAUUCGGGAUAACAUUGCAAAUUUUUCCUUACCAAUGAUCCUUCAACUGUUCUCUCGGAAUUGGAAGGUGAACUUAGCAAAACUGAACCUUGCAUGGAUUCACUCUGUCCAUUUCUGGUUGUCAAGAAAAAUUCAGAGAUGAAGAGGAGAUGGCUCACUCUAAAUAUACAUCUCCACAGUCCAUAGGUGCUGAAAAGGUUAAUGCAUGUUCAAUGUAAAUGAGAAGCCAUCUUCUUAGAUGGAAUCAUUGUGCCAUUUGCCUAGAGAAACUAUAUCAUCAGCUGCAAUGACACCAUCCGAUUCAUCUAUCAUCCCGAAUGCAAAUUCUACCGCGACGAAGACUCCAGAGGCAUAUUACUUACGUUUAGUGUCCUCUUGAACACAGAGGCUGGCAAGGAUGAUUAUAGCUACCAUCUGUUAAAAUAUUUUUAUGAUUUAUUUUCUGAAACAUUGAAGUGUUUUGGAAGUUAAGUUGUAUUAAUAUGAACUUAACAGGGUAAGUCCUUGUCAUAUCUUAGUUGACUAACUGGAACUGCCCGAGUUCUUGUCAUAUCUUAACUGCUGCUAGAUGGUUAGAGACCUCA